AUGGAACAAGUUGGGCCAGAGGAUUAUUUAAGCGGUUCGGUAAUCAGCUCGGGAGUUAAAAGUACGGGGAAUUCCGCUCCGACUCCAAUAGGUUUUAUCCGCAACCAAAUCCAAGAAGAAUGGGAACGGGGAUGGAAGACGUCCAAGAACGGUAGCCACCUUUGGCGGAUAGAUAGAAAUCUACCCGCAGUUCGUACCCAGAGAAUACCAUACGACAAGAACUACGGAAGAAGAUCGGGACUGCAUUUAACAAUAUCUCGGACAUGCUGGGAGGAGGAUCUCAAGGUAAGCAAGAGGCAUCACAGAGAUUUUAAAGCCGGGCGCCGUAGGGCCGCUGACAGAGUACCAGGCAUGUUGGCCACCAUAGGCCAUGACGAGGCUCUAAAUUCGUCUUUAUGUAAUGGAUUGAUGUACAUAGACAUAGAUAAGGAUUAGAUAGUGGUAUCCUGCAUAUCGCUUCGGCGAGGGGUCAGGGUAUGAAUUCACACACACACACACACUCUGUAACAUAAUCUCUUUUCCUUUCUCUUGACAGUGAGUACAAAUUCGAAGGACAUCUUGAUAUGCAAAUCUUCGCGCCUUGUCCUCUUUUUUGUAAUAAAAUUUG